AUGAAGAUUAUCGACCGAACCUUCAUCAUCUCCGGCGGUGCAUCUGGCCUGGGCCGCGCCUGCGCCGUAGACAUCGCUAAGCACGGCGGCAACGUCGCAAUCCUUGACAUGAACGAGGACGCCGGCCAAGCCCUCGUCAAGGAACUCGGCGCCGUCGCCAAGUUCUGGGUCACUGAUGUGCUCGAGACGGACAGCGUGGCCGCCGCCGUGCAGGGCGCCGUCGAGUGGAUCAAGCACACCGGCAAGGCCCUGGGCGGCAUCGUCCCCGCCGCCGGCGUCGGCCAUCCGGGCUUGAUCCUCGACAGGAAGGGCAAGCCCUUCUCGCUCGCCCACGUUGACUUUGUGCUGGGCAUCAACGUCCGCGGCACGCUCGACGUCGCCCGACAGGCGCUGCCUCACCUUGCCGCCACUCCUCCGUCUGAGCCCGACGGCGAGCGCGGCGUCGUGGUCAUGGUGGCGUCAGCAGCUGCCUUUGAUGGGCAGAUGGGCCAGGUCAGCUACGCGGCUAGCAAGGGCGCCGUGGCGUCCAUGACGCUGCCCAUGGCCCGGGACCUUUCGCGGUUCGGCAUCCGCGUGGUGACUAUUGCGCCGGGAACGUUCGAAACACCCAUGACGUCCAUGAUGAAUGAGAAGACCAGGAAGAGCCUGCAGAAAGCGAUGGAGUUUCCGCAGAGGGAGGGCAAGCCAGAGGAGUUUGCCAUCACGGCUAGACGGAGCAUCAAGAAUGCCCAGUAG